CCCCUUUCAGAGGGUCUUCAAAUCUAAUAAGAAAAUUUUGUUUGUAGAACAUGAAUGAUUAAGUUUGUUGAACUUGAGCAUAGGCGUUGUGAGAGUUCUAGCUAAUGAAUAGCCUAACUUACCAGGCGUAAAAUAAACAAUCUUAAUCAUAUUUAGAUGGUCGUCCGCGCCAGGGUAUCAAUCAGCUAGCCUGGCUCUUUGUGUGCGCAUGUUUUGUUUGUGUUGAACAAGAACAGUUCUCGUGGCUUGUUAGAUGAUUUGCAAUGUGUUAAUGUCAAUAAGAUUGCAUAGUGCAUACGGUGCUUAUUUUUACUGAAAGGUUAGGGAAAGUGGCCUCUAGACGUUGCAAAGUGACAAAUACAUAAGGAGUUUGAAGAAGAGAUGGGAAAUUGUCUAAAAUCUCCAACCUCGGAUGACAUUUCCUUGCUUCAAGAAUCACAAUCGGAUAGAGCUAGUUAUGGUGACGGGGCAGAUACAGACCAGGAACCACCGCCACCAUACCAGCAGGAGCUGCCAGUGUACCACCCCACGCCCAGUCAGGCCCGCAUGGCCAGCCAGCUGACUGAGGAAGAGCAGGUCCGCAUUGCCCAGCGCAUUGGCCUCAUCCACCACCUCCCCAAGGGAGUGUACGAUGCUGGCAGGGACGGCUCCGAAAAGAAAAUUAGAGAGUGUGUGAUUUGCAUGACGGACUUUGUGUAUGGGGAUCCCAUCCGGUUCCUGCCAUGCAUGCACAUCUACCACAUGGACUGUAUAGAUGACUGGCUGAUGCGCUCCUUCACCUGCCCCUCCUGCAUGGAGCCAGUGGAUGCUGCGCUGCUCUCCUCCUACGAGACCAACUGAGACAACACCACUCCCCUCACCACUACCCCUGCUCGCUGUUCUGACUUACUCCCUUACUCCACCCAUGCUUCCAUCUACAGCACCCCCACAACCAGCAGACAGCACUUCCAACAGCCUGGAGAACCAGGGUUUCUGGGGGCAAGUGAGGGCUGUGUGGUGGUGAUGAAGGGUGCUGUGGAGGCCAUGGCUAAUCCAGAGAGGGGUCCUUUGCUCUGAGCUGGCCAGGUCUGCUGGACAGGAAAGCCCCGACUGGGGAAGGACGUUGGAUACUGGUGAUAGGGAUAAGACCGUCUCGUGUCACCCAUCCAUCCACACCCAGAAUUCCCCUCUCUCUCACUACCACACUGUUGUAGUAAAUUCCCUAGAAGGGAGGGGAAGGAAAGCAACAGCUCAAAGCUCUCUCUAGAAAUACUGAUAUCUGCAAAUAUUUUCUCUCCUCAUUGUUUUCAACUCAACAUCUGUUCCAGAAGUCGUCUUAAGGGCUCAGUGGAUUACAUUUACUAACACAGAUAAGCAAACAAUUAAUGCACAUGUACACAAGUCAAAGGAACUUGCACUUCUAUUCUAGUCUCAGUGGAAGAGUUCAGCAUAUGCUUACAAAUGUUUGAAAAUGAUUUCAGAUUUUCCCCAUUAUUUAGUAUCUACAACAUGAAAUGUUUUUUUCAAACCAUUGUAAUUGUUUCAGCCCAAUGGUAAGGUCUGUUUUCCUGAAGUUGACAUUUUAUCCUUAAUUGGUGAGUUUCUUAGACUAAUGAUGGAUCAGUUAAAAAGUGUUCCUUUUGGAUGAAGAGGUUUGGGGUCUGCACUCGAUUAUUACAAAGGAUUAGGCCUGUUAGGGUUUGGUUAAAAGGUGUUAUCGAUCAUAAUGCUCCUUAACUGCUCUUGCUUAGCACAGUUCUUAAAUUGCACAUCAGAAAUAUUCAACGUUUACUGCACCCAAUUCAGCACAAGUGUCUUAAUCUUAUUACCAAGUACGCCAUAUGAUUUAUCAUAAUGCAUACACACUAGAGUCAUUGAAUUAAUUUACAUGAAUUUAGUCACAUGCCCUAGAGCAGUGGUCACCAACCUGUCUAUCGCCAUCGACUGGUCGAUCUCCAAGCAUUCCUAGUCAAUCACCAAGCAUUUCUGUAAAAAAAAACAACGAUAAAGUCUUGCGUUCAUAAUUGUUUUAUUUGUUUUGCGCUGUUGGUGGUAGGUGCACUUGAUUCAGCAACCCAGGAAGGCAAAGUGUUCCCCUUUUGAACCAUUUCAUGUGUCUGAAGGUAGAACUCUGCCUACCCGGCAGGCCCAUAGAGCAAAUCAACAGUGCACCUAUAAGCCUAACGCUGGCCAAUCAAAUGGCUCAGAUAACCGUGUCUGCACAGUUUCCUCGAGCCAUAGACUGUAAAAAGACGCAUCGAAUGCACAGCAAAGUCAAUACUGUAAGAUUUCAAUACGUUUAAAACCAUGACCUAGAGAGAGACUCAACGAAUACAGCAAAGAGCUGCAGUUUUUAUGAGUAAGUUCAUGUUUAAGGUGUUAUUCAGCACUGUCAACACGAUGAUCAACACUUUUAGAAGCCAUAAAAUGCACAUUCUCCAUACUUCCACUCAAGCUACACCCAGCACUGCAGCUGCAAUGAAUGAGUAGCAAAGGGAUCCAAUAAGCUUGCGUUGUUAUUAUUAGCGGCUUGUCUUUUUUAAUAUCAAGGAAUAUUUCACUUUCUCUGGUCAUUGGAGUAACAACAUUAAUUGGAGCAUGAGGCAGAAAUAAUGCAGUGCGACUUGAGUUUUGCCAUCAGCUGGAAGACUGUCCCCUUUUCUAAGCGGGGUGAUGGUUAGUUGGGUGAGAGGCAGCAUUACCGCUGCUCCCUCUUUUUCCCUCAGACUGACCAUCAGAUGCAGUCCAUCAGUCCAGUAAAAAAUUCAAUAAAGAAAAAUAAGCUGUGCCUCACAAGUAAUACAACAAAUGAUCUAUUACCAGUGCGAUCAUAUACCAACAUGUUUUAAAAAAUAUUAUUUCUAAAUGGUCUGAGAAGAACAACAUUGGCAGGGCAAUUUAAGCAUAGCCAAUAUGCAGUGGUAAUAUAUUAGGC